GAGUAAACAACAGUAGUUACAAUUUAAAAAGUAAUGCAGAAUCUGUUUUGAGGUCCUGAGGAUAGGCUGUAAAUACUGUAUAUUUUUUCUGUAAUUUUGUUUGUGGACUGAAAACGGAACAGACUGUUUGUUUGUUUGUUUUAAAAACCAACGAUAUUGGAAAGGAAUACUACACUUUUUUUAGAAGCAAGUUACUUGACCUUCAUUGUAAAUGCUAUUUUAAACUGCUGUUUGCUCAAGCAGAGGGGAAGUCUAGUUGCAGGCAAACCUGAGCCAAGGGGUGUGUACGAAUGGAACUUUUGUCAGGCAACAGAUAGCUGAUGGACAACUGGUCACUACCCACCAGACCAAUAACAAACACCUGUCAACAACUGUGUAAUUGGCUCCCAGACAGACCUGAACUAAAUGAGGGAGAUGAUGGUCACACUUCUAGCAGAUCUGCUGAAUCUUGCUGUACUGGACAAGGAACUGUUGAAGAUAUUUGUAGUGGAAAUGAGCAAUCCUCCAAUCAGUCUGAACAGAAAAGCGAAAUGCCACCUGAGGGAAGUAGCACUAAACGGAGAAAGCAGGAUGAAAGGAUCCCGCUGGAGCGCUUUGGCCGAAAAUACCUGAAUGUCACUGACCUGAGUAGACAGGUUUGGUGUGAGCAGCAAGUGGUUUAUGGACUGGAACUGCCACACAUUGAACAACUGCGAGAAGAAGUUCCAGUUGUGAAAGCUGGUAGCUGUCUACACCUGGCAAGAGAAUUGGAGAUCCAGGAUAUUGUCCCGAUAAAUGUAGAGAGCCGGGAAGAUAGCUGGGCUGUGAAGAUAUUUAAUCUUCUCUCAAUGAUCCAGUUCUUGCAAGCAGGAGAGCGUGUCCGAGAGCUGCCAGUGUUUGGAGAGCUAGAGGGGAUUUUUCUUGUUGGUGUUGUUGAUGAGCUGUGCUAUAAUUCCAAAGGUGAACUGGAAUUGUGUGAACUGAAAACUCGUGGUCAACGAACAUAUCCCAGUGCAGCUCAAAGGAAGAGUCAUCUGUUUCAAGUUAACAUAUACAAACUUCUCUUCGAGGCUAUGAUAAAAGGCCAACUGAACAAGGAAACCAUCACUGACCACCUUCACUUACGGACAGAGCAGCCGUUUAGUUCGGAGAUUCUGAUGCAUGCCCAAAAGGUGGGAUUUUCCAUAAACACGUUCGGUGACCUUCUGGAUUUAAUGUUGCUAAACCUGACGUAUGCAGAGAUCCCCAAUAUUGACACCAUGAAGAUAGAAUACUGUUACCAAGCGGAUGCCUCUCUAAUUGGAACAGAAGUGGUGUACUUUGAAGAGGAGUGGGUUAAAAGUGAGCUAAAGCAUUAUUGCUCCUUCUGGAAGGGCCAGAGGGAGGCCAAGGGUGUGGAUAUUGAGGAGGCAUGGAAAUGUCGGUCCUGUGACUUUGCAGACAUUUGUGAGUGGAGACAAAGUAAAGCUGAAGAAGCUACGCAAAAGAAUCGAGCAAAUCGAAGCAAAUGAGGAUUGCAAUCAACAUCCGGUUUUAAACCGGGACCAACAGAUUUGCCUCCUAACUAGAAGGAAGCCACCAUCACGGUACUGCUGUAGGAUGUAAGCAUAGUAAUAUCUGAAUGCUCCUCAAUUAAUGCCAGCAUACUGAUUUCAUUCUGUGACUUUGCUGCCCAGAACAUAACUUGCCAAAUAUUGUCUGGGAAAUGCUGCUUUCUGCAGAGGGGAUUUCCAUUAACGCCUUUCUACUGCCUCACAGCAGUUUUCACUCUAAUGUAUUUUUGUAUGUGAAGUGCCUCGUGAUACUGUUAACUAUUGACAUUAAGUAAGUGGCCUUUUAGGCAGAUGUGAUUUCCAACAGGCUAAGGUUGUAAGGAGUCAGUGUCUCUUUCAGCAUUUGUUGAUCUCUGCCUAAAUGCUGCCACUUUCUUUAAAAAUGUAAACCUUGCCCAUCAUAUUUUUUGUGUGCGAGUCUCCUGGCCUUAAAUACUUGAUGUAAAAGUGGGGGAAAGGAAAACAGUUUCAAUUGCUCUAAUCUGAUAGGCCAUGCAAUGAAAUGAUUUUGAAGUAUAGUGAUUGUUGUAAAGUGGAGCUAGUAAUUUUGUGUUGAUGAUGUACAGGUUGUACAAUACAAGUGGUCAUCAUCACUCGGGCUUGCCAAAUUUCUCUUUUCACAGCUCUUUGCUGUCAGUUUUAUAUGAUACAACCUAAAACGUCUUAUUGAUCUUACCCUCUCAUUCCUUCUAAUUUGGGAAACAUGAUUAUAAACUGAGGAGGGGGUUUGAAAGAAAAAGUAAUAAUUUUUAGCUAUCACUUAUUUUCUGCCCUUCAUCUUCCCUACCUUCUUUCCCCUUCCUCUUUUGAAAGAACUAACUUUCUGGAAGUACAAGCCUCCAGAUGUCUCCUCUAAAUAGCCCUGAUUCACACAUGAAUCAUGGCUUUAGAGCAGGGGCAUCAUAUACACUAAACUUAUCGUCACCCAACAUCUACAUGCACCUAGCUAGGGUCAAUAAAUAGUGAAAACUCCAGUAAUUUUUGCAUCUUCUCAUUCCUCUAUGUUGAAUUGUACUUUCCCUUCUCCUACUGUGCUUGUGUGAGACCAGUUUGUUAAUUGAAGACCCGUUGCGAAUUGAAUUUGGAACUUUCUUGAUGUGACUGGUUUGAUUCAUCCUGGAAAAUUAUAGGGUCAUACAGCAUAGAAACAGACCUUUCAGUCCAACCGGUCCCUGCUGACCAUGUUCCCAAACUAAACUAGUCCCACUUGCCCGCGCUUGGCAUAUC